CGGUCUUUUUUCUUGUGUCUCUGUGUACUUGUGCCAAUGUGUGAGUCCUUCCUGUAUUCCGUGCCAGAGGAGAAGAAAAGCGGCUCUGUGGUGGUGAACGUGCUGCAGGAUCUGCGAGUGGAGGGCAGGGAGCUGUCCGCUCGGAGGGCCCGGCUGGCUUCCAAGAGCGCCAAGCAGUAUUUCCGGCUGGACCCUCAUUCCGGGAACAUCCUCCUGCAGGAGCGCAUCGACCGGGAGGCGCUCUGCGGCCAGAAGGACCCCUGCGUCCUGCUCUCCGAGGUCGUGCUGGAGGACCCCCUGCAGCUGCACCGCAUUGAAAUACAGAUCGAGGAUGCGAAUGACCAUCCCCCCAGAUUCUCCAAGGAGAAAAUCUUCCUUGAAAUACCUGAGCAGACUCCCAUAUACACACAAUUCCCUUUGGAGGGAGCUCAAGAUGCAGACAUUAGAGAAAAUGCUGUUCAGAAUUACACUUUGAGUCCUAAUGAGCAUUUUAGACUGGAAGUGCAAACUAGCAGGGAUGGCAGCAAAUACGCAGAGCUGGUGCUGGAGAAACCUCUGGACCGGGAGGUGAAUGCGCAGGUGACACUGGUGCUGACAGCUGUGGACGGAGGGAUUCCCCAGAGAUCGGGCACAGCACAAAUAUUAAUUAAUGUUCUGGAUGCCAAUGACAACUUCCCUCAGUUUGCACAAUCCCUGUAUGAGGUCAAGCUCAGGGAAAACAGCCCUUUGGGCACACUAGUGGCUAAGGUUGAAGCCAGUGACAAAGAUUUUGGCUCCUAUGCAGAAAUCACGUAUUCCUUCAGCCAAGUGCCAGAAAUUGUUCUCAGAACGUUCAAGUUGAACAGACAGACUGGGGAAAUCAGCUUGAUAGGUCCAGUUGAUUAUGAAGAAAAGAGCAAUUACGAGCUGAGCAUCCAAGCCACGGAUGGAGGGGGGCUCUCUGCCUACUGCAAGGUCCUUGUGGAGGUGGAGGAUGAGAACGACAAUGCCCCUGAGGUGGCUGUGACCUCCAUCACCAGCCCCCUACCAGAGGACUCGCCUGUGCAGACGGUGGUGGCCCUCUUCAGUGUCACGGACCCUGACUCCGGAGACAAUGGCAGGACCACCUGCACCAUCGACCCCAGCCUGCCAUUUGCGCUGAGAGCCACUGAGAACAGCUACUACCAGCUGGUGACCCAGUGGCCCCUGGACCGAGAACGGAUCACCGAGUACAACAUGACUGUCAAGGCCACGGACCGAGGCUCUCCCCAGCUCACUUCACUGACAGUGAUCAGCAUUCCCAUCUCGGAUAUCAACGACAACCCUCCGGUGUUUGAACGCCCCCUCUACGAAAUGCAGGUGCGAGAGAACAACAUUCCAGGACUGCUGAUCGGCUCAGUCCACGCCUCUGACCUGGACGCAGAGCAGAACGCCAAGCUGACCUAUGCGCUCCUGCCCGGGAAGGUCGGGGACAGCCCGGUGUCCUCCUAUGUCUCCAUCAACUCCGAGACCGGGAACCUGUACGCCCUGCGAUCCUUCGAUUACGAGAACAUGAGGGAGCUCCGUGUGAUGGUGAGGGCCCUGGACAAGGGCUCCCCCCCGCUCAGCUCGCAGGCCACUGUCCGCGUUCACGUGGUGGACGAGAACGACCACGCACCCUUCAUCCUGCACCCUCUGCAGAACAGCAGCUCCCCAUCCAGUGACCUGGUCCCACGCGGGGCCGAGGCCGGCUACCUGGUCACCAAGGUGGUGGCCACGGACCACGACUCAGGGCAGAACUCCUGGCUGUCCUACCAGCUGCUGAAGGCCACGGAGCCGGGCCUGUUUGUGGUGGGUGCCCAGAACGGGGAGGUGAGGACGACGCGGCCGGUCCAGGCUCGGGACAGCUCCAAGCAGACCCUGGUGGUGGCCGUCAGGGACAGCGGCCACCCGCCCCAGUCUGCCUCCGCCACGCUCAGGAUCCUGCUCGUGGACGGCUUCUCCGACCCCUACAUGAAGAUGGUGGAUGUCCCCCGGCACGAGGAGGCUGAGGAGGAGGGCCGCACCCUGACCAUGUACCUGAUCGUUUGCCUGGCUGCCAUCUCCUCUGUUUUCCUGUUGUCCAUCACCAUCUUCGUUGCGGUCAAGAUCCAGAAGAAGGGCUCAGGGGAGAGCCCCCUCGCUGCCCCUCCCCAGUUCCCCCCGGCCCGGCCGGAGUUCCCUGAGAAUGGCUCCGAUUCCCAGAGCGGCUUCCUCCCCAGGACCUACCACUACGAUGUCUGCCUGACCGGCGGGUCCCUGAGCAGCGAGUUCCGGUUCCUCCGGCCCCUCAUCCCGGUUUUCUCCAUGGGGGAGCCGAACCUCCCGGGGAAACAUGUGGUGACUCCUGGUGCUCAGGCCAUUUCUGAGCAGACGGGGAAUAAAGAAUCAUGGGAGCAGGUGAGCAAAUGGCAUUUGAUUAAGUCCUGCUUGGUUCAGUCUACAUUAUCCCAGGCUUUUACUGUUUGUUGUGUUUUUGUUGUUUGCUAAUCUGUUGCGCCAUAUGCCUCUUUUUCACCUUACCCUCUUGCUGCUGCUUCUCUGUGGUGCCCAUUUUGUGCCAAAUUUUGUUUCCCUCUCUAACACCACCUGCAUCCAUCCCUGCUGCUUGAUUCUGCUUGCCUGCCCAUCUCCCUGCCUCCUGCCCAAGUCCAGUCUGUUCCUGCCAGUUCCUGCUUCCAUCUGUGUUUCCCUGCUGUCUCUGCCUUCCCAGGCACCUGCACCAUCCUCCCAACCUGCCCUUGCUCCAGAACAUGAUCGUCUUUCAGGUCCUUGACUUUUGGACUGCGCUCUUGGACUCUUUGUAUUUGCCUGGACUGUCUUGUCUACUGGCUCUUGACCCUGGAAUGGCCAUGGAGGUGCUUCCAGUUCUCUAAACCUACCCGACGCCUACUCUGGCACCUGCUCCCUGGUCCCAUGUCCCGACUAUAGUCACCUGCCACCCAUGCCCUGGACCGUGCAGUUUCAAUCUCCCACCUGCUUUCCUGCAGAAAGUUGGAAUCGUUGCAUACGCUGGCAAGACUGCUCUUUUUAACUCAAGCUCUGUAUCCCCCGUUAAGGUUAGCUGCCCAGCCACUGGAAACUAA